AUGAAAGAGAUCCGCGAGGACCUGCUGGGAGCCGGAGUGGCCACGGCAGGGACAGCUGUCAGCGGCAGUUGUUAUGUUGGCUCGACUAAGCCGGGUUGCAGCGGGGACUGCACGACUGGCGCACUAUUUCCAUGCGAUACAUCUACACCAGAUAAAUCAUGGCUGAAAGGGUCUUGGCAGGGACUCUGUUUGGGAAUCACUAUCAGUGCGAGGGGCCUGGCCGGGCUCCAGGGUUAUUUCCUACCCGCCGGGGUUCGGAUAUAUCAACCGUAUAAAUAUCCGGCCGUUCGGAAUAGGGGCAUUAUGGUAUGGUAUCGAGGAAGCCAGACGGGUGAGGAAGGCUUGAGGUCAGCCUCGGAUGAUGACUUCCUGAGGAUUAGUGAGGAUUACCUGA